CUAAUAAAUAACCGUUAUCACCAUUUAUAUCUAAAGUAAAAUGUAUUGCUUCAAAACAAUGAAUCUUUCUGGUUGUAAUUGUAAAGCUAUUUUUCAUUAAAAGCGCAACAUAAAAAUAUUUAUUAUUAUAUUCAUGUCGAGAGCAAAAAAAGGAAAUAUUGUUUUAAAUGAUAUUCCACAUAAGUGGAGCAAAUGUGAAAAAGAAAAACACAGUUGUUGUUGAUUUAAGUAUACAUGCGUUUGAAGGCCACAGAAAAGAAAAAUGUGUGCCCAUGUUUGUUUUAUUGAUGUCAAAAUAAGUUUGGGCUCUUGAACUUAAUUUGGAAUACAAGUUAAUGUUAAACAAAAAGAAACAUCAAGAAUUCAACGGAAAUAUGGAAAACAUCGGACAUAAGCGAAGUGGAGAGAUAUCUUAUAAGGUACAAUGUAAGAAAGGGAAAAUAGAGUCUUCAAGAAACGUAUGUUAUAUAGACUAUAUAUCUCAACCACCUACUUUAGAAAGUAUAACUCUUACGUCAAUAGCAAUAAGACUAUGGACUGAACCCGAUGUAAAUGAGGACGUAAAGCAGCAUUCUAUGCACUAUGGAUCUGAAAUUAUAUGCACCGGACCGAGAGAGGCUUAUCAUAAAUUGGAAGAAAAAGUAACUGAGAAAUUAGCAGAUCUUCGCUUGCCUGAUCUACUAAAAAUCAAAGUAUCUGAUGUCAUCAGACCUAUUGGAUUGCAGUUGCUGAAAUGUUUCGAUUCGAAAGACGAUGAAUAUUGCAAAGUUAAAGAUCUUUUUGAAAAGCAUUGCACAGUUUAUUGGACAGCUGAAGGCAUCAUUGAUAAACGUAGAUCACUUGUAGAACUGAUCAAAAAUGAAAACCAAGAAAACAGUAUUUGUCAAUUGUAUAAGUUAGCGUGUAAAUACUGCUUAGAGGAAUAUGUUUUUUCUUUAUGGGAAAAUAUACCACUCGAUAAAAAAAUUACAUAUAUCUGAAAGAGCAACUUUAUAGAACCAUUAUGGUUAUGAUAUGAUAGAUUAUUGAACUGCUUAUAUAAAUGACGAAUUACCUAGCCUAUUAAGUAAGAUUAAGAAGACUGAUCAUCGUAAUAUCUAUGACUGUAAUUUCGGCAUUUAUCACAACACGGUUACGUUAUCAAUUUUUGUUUGUAAUGAAUUUAGUCUCCGAUAUUUUUGGCACAAAUUGACUGCUGAUCAGAAAGAAGCUAAUAUAGAAAAUUGGUUAGAACAAAUUAUACAAAAAUAUAAUAGAGUAUUGAGUAGAAGAUAUGAAUACCAAAACUAUCACGUAUUUACUAAUAGUUUGUGCUUUUUUGUUAUCUCAUUUAAAGGAUCAAAACCAGGUUUUUCAAACUCAUUCUGAAACAAUACUGAAAGCUUUUGGCCAUAUCAACGCUUCUUCUUAUCAACAAUCAAUUUAAUGUUCAACUAUCUUGAAGAUGACACAUACACUAAAACAAUGACAUACAUUGUUAGAGAAAUCAAAGAAGGGAGAAACACUGUGGAAUUGUUUAGGAAAAUUUGGCGUGGAAGCCCAGUAAGACUCAAAAACGCAUGUCUCCAGUCAUUGUAAAUGGAUGUCACGCCAUUCGUAACUUGCUUUCUGUUGAAGACUUGGAAACAAUCAAUUUAGUACUACUUAGUUUCUCAGUCAAUGAUAAAAAGGAACUAAUAUUUAACCUAAUCGGAAGUGAAGAUCUGCGGAAGCUUCUAUAUCUAAGUAAAUUCACUCUGCUUGAUUCUUUGGCAAAAAAUACUCUUCCAUCUGAUUGUGAUAUCAAGCGUUUCAGAGAAAGUUUGGAACAGAAAUAUGGAGAUGGACUGUACCAUGAAUGGAUUCUUGGCAAGAAGUUUCAAGCAGUAGACAAAAUGUUAAAGUGGGUUAUUGAAACUCCUGAAGAGAUUGAGAGCUUUAAGAAAAAUGGACUUAAUACGUUUUCAAUAUACACAUCAUUAAAAUGCUUGGGUGAUUUUGGACUUUUUGACCGAUUUAUGAAUUGAUGUUUUAAAAGUGUAGAUGAAAGUAAUAAUUUUAAACAAUCAUACAUACGUAAUUCUACGGCAUGCAUACAAUUAUUACAAGGAAUAGGUUAUUCCGGUGAAAACGGGUGGGAUUUUUUUGAGGAGUUUUUAAAAUACAGCUCAUUUUCUACUGAGAUAGUUGCAAAUUUUAAGAAAUUAUGCCUGGAACAAAUAGCAAGUUUAGUAGAUCGCUAUUACUUCGAAUUUGCUAUGCAUCUUUCACACUGGUGCUUGGAUUCUUCCAAAGAAAUCAAGGAAUUUAAGAAUGAAUUGUUCCUGUCCGAGGAAGGAAGUAGAAUUAUUUUUUAUGAUAUGGAGCGAAAAUAUCCUAACUGGAACAACGUGAAAAACAUUUUGAAAUGGUUUUCACCGCUUUCAAGAAAAUCAGUCGACUCCUUAAAACGGGAUCUUGAAGAUGAGGAAUUUUCUGAGGAUGGAUUUGGUUAUUCUUCUGCUAACAAAAAUAAGUUUUUCCUUCAUCUACUUGAUAAUUUCAAAGCGUGUAACAGUACUUCAGAUAGUGAUAGCAGUUCUGGCGAUGACAGAGAAUUUAUUGAGAUAUUGAACGACGCAGUAGGUGAUGAUGAUGAUGUUAAUGAAGAUAAUGACGAUGAUCAUGGAUGCAAAAAUGAUUCCAGCGUAAAUAGUGAUCAAUUAAUUUAAUUUGCUGGAGAUUUGACGGACAUUGACAUUAAUUGUACAGACACUGAAGAUUACCUCAGUACCACCGACGAUGGGCAAAAUGCCGCUGAUGGUAAUAAUAGUACCAUGAUGUGAAAGUUUUUUUUCGUUUAAAAUGUGAAAUGUUUGAAAAAUAGACUUCAUAAAUUUUGCAAGUCUAUUAGGUUUUCAUUUUCUAAAGUUAUAGAAGAAAAUUUGAAUAGAACGGUAGUUUUAAGAAACUUCAUUUCCCACAUGAUUAUGGUAAAAACCGAAAUUUUUUCUGAUAUUUAGGCUUGAGAAAAAAAUUCUUUUAAACGUUAAAUUCAUUCCACAAGUAACUUAAAAAUAGUAUUAUUAACACUUUGACGCAGACGGGACAUCAGUGUACCUUUUAUAUAUUUCUUUCUGACACUCUUAAUUGUAAACAAAAAAAUUUUUGGUGUUUUUGCAAUUAUAAAAAGAAACAG